UGUACCACAGCUCCUCCCUCUUGGAAACUGGCUUUAUAACUUGAUCUCAAAUGGGAUUUCUUGCCCUUUGCUAUCUACACAGGCCACCAAGGGUCUGAUUGGGGCAUGAGUGUAGAGGAGGGGGGUAUACCAGGCCUGGGCCCUCACAGGCAGGCCCGUUGGACUCUGAUGAUACUCCUGUCCACAGCUAUGUAUGGUGCCCAUGCCCCAUUGCUGGCACUUUGCCAUGUGGAUGGCCGAGUACCCUUCCGUCCCUCCUCAGCUGUGCUGCUCACUGAGUUGACCAAGCUACUGUUGUGCACCUUCUCCCUCCUGGUGGGCUGGCAAGCAUGGCCCACAGGGGGCCAACCCUGGCGCCAAGCUGCUCCUUUUGCACUAUCAGCCCUGCUGUAUGGUGCCAACAACAACCUGGUGAUCUAUCUACAACGUUACAUGGACCCCAGCACCUACCAGGUACUGAGCAACCUCAAGAUUGGAAGCACAGCCCUGUUGUACUGCCUCUGCCUCCAUCACCGCCUCUCUGCUCGCCAGGGAUUGGCAUUAUUGUUACUGAUGAUUGCAGGGGCCUGUUAUGCAGCAGGUGGCCUUCAAGACUCUGUGAACACCCUUUCAGGGCCCCUGCCAGCAGUUGCUGCCAGCACCAUGCCCCUGCAUGUCACUCCCCUGGGGCUGCUACUCCUCGUUCUGUACUGCUUCAUCUCAGGCUUGUCCUCUGUGUACACAGAGCUGCUCAUGAAGCGACAACGGCUACCCUUGGCACUGCAGAACAUCUUCCUCUACACUUUCGGUGUGCUCCUGAACCUCGGUCUGCAUGCAGGCAGUGGUCCUGGCCCAGGCCUCCUGGAGGGUUUCUCAGGAUGGGCAGCGCUCGUGGUGCUGAGCCAGGCACUCAAUGGGCUGAUCAUGUCAGCUGUCAUGAAGCAUGGCAGCAGCAUCACACGCCUCUUUAUUGUGUCCUGUUCAUUAGUGGUCAAUGCUGUGCUCUCAGCGGUUCUGCUUCGACUGCAGCUCACAGUCACCUUUUUUCUGGCCACACUACUCAUCGGCCUGGCUGUGCGCCUGUACUAUGGCAGCCACUAGCCCCUGACUAUCCAGUCACAUUCUUACUCUGUAGAUUGGGUGCCACUACUAAGGCCACCUCCUAGGUCUCCCCAGGCCUCUUCAGCAGCCCUGUAACAAGUGCCUUGUGAGAAAAGCUGGGGAAGUGAGAGCAGCCAGGUUAGUCUGGAGUUGGUAGGUGGAGGGGUGCUCCUAGAAGACACAAAGACUGGGUUUUGUUAAGAAAACUUGACUUUCCCACCACACCUCCAAGUUCUUUCAGACUAAACUCCAUCCCCAAUGUGGGAGGCCCCCAUCUCCUCCUGCAUGAACACAGUUGCUUAAAUUAGGAUGUGGGCAACAGGUGACACCUUGCUUGGCAGAACCACUGCCCUAAGGCAUGGUGCUGGCUUCUCCUGCCCAGUCUUGAUGCAUGACUUCCCCCAAGGAAUAUUCACUCUUCACUCAUGCAGGAAGGCUUAGUUGCCACAAAUUAUACAACCAUCACCAGACCACUCUGCCAGGCUUCCCCAUGUCCAGCUGUCCCUGGAGACAUCUGCACCCCCCACAGUGCUGCUUCCCAUGCCCAGCCUUUGAUCUGGAGACUCCAGAGGGUGCUGGGGCUUGACUUGUCUCAGGGAAUGUUGCCCCUGGGCUUUGGCUGAAGCCUAUACUCCUGAUCCCUCUCGAAACCUUCUGCCACCUCUAGGGAUUGUAGAAGGUAUGCUCUUCCCUCUGUGGAACUUUCCCCUGCCUAGUAGUGUCCCAGCUCCCAACAAUCUGGAGAAGCUCUGGACAGUGACCUGGGACCAGGUACAGGAAACUUCUAUAACUCAAUCAGUGUCUGUUUAACUGCAUAAGCAAUAAAGUCUUAAUAAAGUGU